AUAACUUAUAAAAAGUUUUAUUAUAUCGUAAUUGUUACAUUCAUAUAUCACUAAAUAUUAUCGUUUAUAAUUCUUUUGAUUUUUUUUUAUGAGAAUUUAUAUAACCUCAUAUGUUCAAUCUUCAAAAGAUUUUAUAUAUAGUUUACAUCAUUCAUCAUUUUUUUAUGAAAAUAUAAUUAAAAGAAUAAAAAAUAAAAAAAAUGUCUCUAUUUUACCAAUGUAUUAUUUGUCAGCAUGAACAUAAUACUGUAAUUGAUUUACACAAUCAUCAUAUUCAACAUCAUAAUCUAGAAGAAUUAUCGCAUACCAUCAUUAGUCUUCAGGGCUAUAAAGAUUGGAAAAAUAUAAAAUUCAAAAAAAAAUAUUUAAAAUCUAUAAAUUUAGGAGAUGACAAUAAUAAUGAAAAUAUAUAUAAUCAUCUUUUUAUUAAACCUAAACCACAAAAUAGAAAUAUGUGUAAAGAAAAACAAAAAACAAAUUCAUCAAGAAAAUUUAAUCAUGAUAAUAUAACUUGUUCAAUAAAUUGUAGUCAAUUUAUUCCUUGGGAGCGUGAAUUAAAUAAAAGAAAAGAGAUAAAUGAUGAAGAAUUUAUCAAUAUUAUUGAAAGUCUUUGUUAUGAUUUAAGUAAAAGGAAACGUAGAGGAAGAAAAAAAAAAGAUAAAACAGCUAUAGAAAAGAUAAAUUCAAAAGAUUUAAUGCAACAUGUGGAAACUAUUAUAGAAAUGGAGAAUAAAUCUAUAGAUAUUAAAUCUGGUCAAACAGCAACAACAUCAUUUUGGAAUACCAAAAAUUCAAUCACUAAUAAUACUGUUAAUAAUAAAUUUCUUACAUCACAAAUUAAAAAUAAAAUAGAGGACAUUAGAAAUAAUGAGAUUACAACAUUGGAAUUAAUUAAUAUUAACAAAGAUGAAAAUGUUUCAAAGCACUAUUCAUCAUGUAAUAAUAUUUCUUGGAAUUCUAUUAUUUGUAUGAAUGUUAAUGAACAAGAAGUACUUGUUGAAGAAACAAAUGUGUAUCCUGAUUCAGUAGAAAUCGACAUUAAAAAUUUUCUUUAAAAAAAAAAAAA